AUGGUGCUAGGGUUGCCAACAGUUGAUCAGAAAUCCGGAAGUAAAAAAGUAAUGAGGUCACCACUGAGUGAAUACCUAUUUCUGCCGUGGCUAGGAGCGACUCUCCGUGGUCUGUUCCUCAGGCAGGCGCCCACAGCCAUUGCUCUCUUGUAUACGGUGGCUGUCGUCGAUGGCAACAUCAAUCCGUUGUUCCUUACGGCGUUUUCUUUCCUCUUUUUACUAGAAGCUCGCAUGUGGUUGGAGAUCGCAAGAUUGGUCCGAACGCGCUGGGAACGUCGUGAUCAUAUCAAUUCAGAGCAAGACGCACAGUAUGAAGUAGAAACCCUUUGGAGUAAUGACGACGUGCAGAGCGUUGAAGUCCGCAAUUAUGUGUACUAGGGUUUAUAGUAAACAAAAUAUACCACAUUUCGUAGAUCUACAGACAUUCUUUUGGGAAAAGUCAAAAUGUCCAUAUAGUAAUAUAUUAAACUAAAACUAUAAAAAAAGGCAAGCACGCCUUGACUCUCAAAUAGUGAUCCAUCGAUUUAAACACGCUAGCUGUUCCAACAUUUUUGAUCGCUUUUUUGGCUAAGUAUUUGAUGCUAUCUGUGUUCAAAUACGUAUUUACAAGAUCUAUUUCGUAUUCGAAAUUGUCAUGUGCAUAAUUAAUUUCAUUGUCAAUGUCUUUUUUUCAUUGUUUAUAUUCACAAAUAAAAGAAACAAUUUUUGUACUAAUAGUUUCAUUACAGACUUAAUUAUAAAUAAUUCAUUAAAAACAUACAUAAAAUCUAAGGUAAAAUCUAUACAAAAUUAAAUCUAUAAUUCCACAUCACAACUAAACUUUGGUUUGGUGUUAAAAUCAGUAUUUACAGAUAUCUUGUAUACAACGGCGAUUUUAAAAAGAACCCUAAAUUAUAAAUCUAUGAAUAAAACACUAAAAGUCAAAAUUAAACACUAAAAAAGGGAAUUGAUUUCUAAAUAGCUACGGUACACAUUUUACAAUACCUCUUUGAACUUUAAAGCUUUAGUUAGAAAGUUUAUUUCAAUGUUACCACACUGUACACUUGUGGAUGGGAUUCAUGGGAGAUCCGGGGGGACAUUGAAACUCCCUGGCGAAGUCGUGCGAAUUGGACAAUGUACCGAUUACCCGAAAUCUUCCUGGAGAAUGAACGGCUGUUUUUAGUUUGUUCCGCAUCGCUUCUGGUCGCAUGGCGCCGCACCAUACCUGUAUUUCAAACGAGACAUAAAUAUUUUGAUCGAACCAGGUUUUCGGAAAAAAAAAUAGUUCACUCUUUUGACUAAAAUUUCUUAUUCAUCAUUGCAUCCUGUUUUAGCAUAAAAUCAGAUAAUAAAUAAUAAUUUGCUUUUAAAUAACGUUGUCACAUUUAGUUUGGAUUCUUUUUUUUAAAUAGUGCUCAGUUAAGAUUAUAUAAUGGUGCUUA